CGCCUCCCCGCGGGCGACGCGGUGACGUCACGGGCGUGCGUCGCCGCGCGCGCGGGACCGAGACAAGAUGGCGGCGGGGCCGAUCUCGGAGAGGAACCAGGAUGCCACGGUGUACGUGGGGGGCCUGGACGAGAAGGUCAGCGAGCCCCUGCUCUGGGAGCUCUUCCUGCAGGCCGGGCCCGUGGUCAACACGCACAUGCCCAAGGACCGGGUCACGGGCCAGCACCAGGGGUACGGGUUCGUGGAGUUCCUGAGCGAGGAGGACGCCGACUACGCCAUCAAGAUCAUGAACAUGAUCAAGCUCUACGGGAAACCCAUCCGAGUGAACAAGGCCUCCGCCCACAACAAGAACCUGGACGUGGGCGCCAACAUCUUCAUCGGCAACCUGGACCCCGAGAUCGACGAGAAGCUGCUCUACGACACCUUCAGCGCCUUCGGGGUCAUCCUGCAGACCCCCAAGAUCAUGCGGGACCCCGACACGGGCAACUCCAAGGGCUACGCCUUCAUCAACUUCGCCAGCUUCGACGCGUCGGACGCGGCCAUCGAGGCCAUGAACGGGCAGUACCUGUGCAACCGGCCCAUCACCGUGUCCUACGCCUUCAAGAAGGACUCCAAGGGCGAGCGGCACGGCUCGGCCGCCGAGCGGCUGCUGGCGGCGCAGAACCCGCUCUCGCAGGCCGACCGCCCCCACCAGCUCUUCGCCGACGCCCCCCCGCCCCCCUCGGUGCCCACGCCCGUGGUCACCGCGCUGGGGCCCGGCGUCACCCCCCCAGGCCUGCCUCCUCCCGGCUCGUUCCCGCCGCCGGUGCCGCCGCCCGGGGCGCUGCCCCCCGGGAUGCCCCCGGCCAUGCCCCCCCCGCCGAUGCCACCGGGUGCUGGAGCCCCUGGACCCCCCUCGGGGGCUGCCCCGGCAGGAGGGCACCCACCCCACCCACACCCCUUCCCACCCGGCGGGAUGCACCACCCAGGAAUGCCGCCGAUGCAGGUGCACCACGGACCUCCCGGGAUGGGCCAGCACCACCCGGGACCCCCGGGCUCCGGAGGGCAGCCCCCUCCUCGACCCCCCCCGGGAAUGCCCCACCCAGGACCCCCCCCAAUGGGGCUCCCACCCCGGGGGCCGCACUUUGGAUCACCCAUGGGUCACCCUGGGCCGCUGCCGCACCACGGGCUCCGCGGGCCCCCCCCGCUGAUGCCGCCCCACGGCUACAACGGGCCCCCCCGGCCCCCUCCCUACGGAUACCAGAGGGUCCCGCUGCCCCCACGGCCGGCACAGAGACCCCCCGGGGUGCCCCCCCGCGGGCCCCUGCGGGGACCCCUGCCCUGAGAGGGGGGGCAGCCCCCCCACCCCGCUCGGGACCCUCUGUCUCCAUCCUCGGCCUUCCCGGCCCCCUCGGACCAACAUUCCCACUCCUAGGGGGGACUGGGGGUGUCCCUCCCCUCCCUCCUUGCCCCCCCCGCUUUCCCCUCCUGGUUUUUUUUUAUAGUGUUGUUGGUUUUCCUCACUUUCCCUCCACCUCCUCCCCUUUCUCUCUCCCUGGCAGCUUUUCCGAGCUCCUUUUUACCAGAUUUGUUGGUUUUGUACGGAAAGCAGCGGCCGCCCGCCGGCAAAUAAAGGAUUUGGGAACCGAGGGGGUCCCUGGAUUGGG